AUGACUGCCCCACUUACACCGUUACACACACGUUUAAAUGGAGUAUGAAUACCAGUUUAUAUUUUUGUAGCACUCUGUAUCUUGUCCUGAAAACCUCUUCACAGCAUGUUAUUUCAUCAUAGACUCAUUUGUUUAUGGGCUUUUGUAGAUCCCCAGCCCUGAUAAGAAGAGCUCUUCCGCAGAGUUUUAUGAGGCUAAAGUCUGGGGCAGGCAGUGUGUAAAGUUUCUCUGUAGUCGAGUCUGUGUCUGUGUUUUUUUUACUUUGUUUUAAAGCAAAUCUCAAGCGAUGAAGCUGAUCAUCCUGAGAGACUACGAUGAAGCCAGUGAGUGGGCUGCCAAGUACAUCCGGAACAGGAUCAUCCGAUUUAACCCGGGUCCGGACAGGUACUUCACCCUGGGCCUUCCCACAGGUAGCACUCCACUGGGAUGCUAUAAGAAACUGAUUGAGUAUUAUAAGAAAGGAGAAAUAUCUUUUCAGUAUGUGAAUACCUUUAACAUGGAUGAGUAUGUAGGACUGCCCAGAGACCAUCCUGAAAGCUAUCACUCCUUCAUGUGGAACAACUUCUUUAAGCACAUCGACAUCCGAUCAGAAAACGCACAUAUACUGGACGGCAAUGCUCCAGACCUGCAGAAAGAAUGUGAUGACUUUGAGGAGAAGAUUAAAGCUGCUGGUGGGAUUGAUCUCUUCGUCGGUGGGAUUGGACCUGAUGGUCACAUUGCUUUCAAUGAGCCCGGCUCUAGUCUCGUGUCUCGGACCAGGGUCAAGACCCUGGCUAUGGACACCAUCCUGGCGAAUGCUCGUUUCUUUGAUGGAGAUCUGUCCAAAGUCCCGACCAUGGCUCUGACUGUAGGAGUCGGCACAGUGAUGGAUGCCCGUGAGGUGAUGAUCCUUAUCACUGGUGCACAUAAAGCUUUUGCCCUGUACAAGGCCAUAGAGGAAGGGGUAAACCACAUGUGGACGGUUUCAGCAUUUCAGCAACAUCCUCAGACCGUCUUCGUAUGUGAUGAGGAUGCCACACAAGAGCUGCGGGUCAAGACUGUGAAAUACUUCAAAGGCAUGAUGCAUGUUCACAAUAAGCUGGUGGAGGAACCAUAGUUUGAAAAGGAACCUUUGAUUUGUAUUUGAUAUUUAAAGUCUGAAAGUUUUAACAUUUUGACAUUUACACUGUUUCUAUUUGCAGUAGCAAUGAUACGAAGGGUUUAAAUAAAUAAAAGGAGACUAAUGGAUAUA